ACAGUUAACCCUCUGAACUUUCUGCUCGUGCAAGAGUUUGAGUAAGGCAAAACUUUUUGUGUCUUCGUUGAAUUUUCACCUUGAAAGUUAACAAGAAUUGUGUUAAGUUCGUUAAGAAGUGGUCCGAACGUCUUCUAACUAAGAAUCAUGCCUGUUAUUGACCCUUCUAUUUUGCAAACCAUCGUUGGAAGCAGUAAGAAUUUGAAUCUUUUGAGUCGCACACAUUCGUCGAAUUUGCAAGCUUUCACUUCGUCCGAAGAGCCAGAAAAAUCAAACAUUAAACCAUGGGUUAGAGAAGAUGAACGUAAGAAUAAGGAAAGCGAUAAUGAGGAGAAUUUCCAAGAAUCCAACGAUAUUACAUUAGAUAAAAUAAAUAGACAAAAAUGUCUGACGGCCAAAGAUAUCAAAGAACAUAAUCAAAUAAAUGGCUUCGAUAAUUUUGAAAGAUUUAAGACAGGGAGUACACCUUUAUCGUUUGAAGAGGGAUUUCGUAACUUUAAGAAGGUGAAUAGUAUAAAUGAAGAUGCAGUAAAAAAAAACGACAUAGUUGAAGAGAGUAUUAAUAAGAAAUUACUUAUUACUCCUACAUCUCCUAAGAAAGUUGGUCGUUAUUAUGAUUUUGAGGAAUUGUACUCUCUGAGAAAUAAUGAACUAUCGAAAUCUCCACCCAAAGGAAGAAUUAAUUGGGAUGUUAUGGUUCUUUUAUUACCUGAAGUUUGUCUAAAAGAAGUAUAA